AGCAACAGCAGCAGCCUCCGCCGCCACCAUCUCGCUUGCCCACGGCUGAAUGAUGGGGAAGGGCCAGAUCCUUGGAGGACCCAGCGCCUUUCUCUUCCUGCUGCUCCUUCUUCAGGGGGACAUCUCGGCACCAAUGCCGCAUCACUUGGUGCUGGUACCCUUCGUCCUCCAGGCAGAAACCUCCGAGAAGAUCUGUGUCCAUGUGACGCAGCUGAACAAGUCAGUGACGGUGAACAUCACCCUGGAAAAUCUAGCAGAGACUCGCACCAGCCAUGUGGUGUCCAAGACAAAUCCAUUCCAGUGCGUCCCAUUCCAGGUCCCCAGAUUGAGUAACUCUCCCGAGGCUUCUGAGGCCACCCUCACCGUGGAGGUGGCGGUGGAUUGGAGGGGGAUGCUGUUUGUAUCCCAUGAACGGCAACAGGUGCUGGUCAGGAACCCGGAGAGCCUGGUCUUCGUCCAGACAGACAAGCCCAUCUACAAGCCAGGACAGGAAGUUCGGUUCCGCAUCAUGUCUGUGGACGAAGAUUUCCGACCCUUGAACGAGACGUUUCCAUUGGUUUACAUCCAGGACCCCAAGAGGAACCGCUUGCUGCAGUGGACCAACGUGGAGCAGACAAUGGGCCUGGUCCAGCUCUCUUUCCCCCUUUCCUCUGAGCCCCCGCAAGGCACCUACAAAGUGGUGGUGCAAAAAGCCUCCGGGAACAAGGCGGAACGUCUCUUUGAGGUGAAGGAAUACGUGCUGCCCAAGUUCGAAGUUUUGGUGAAGGCACCCAAGGAGAUAACAUUUGUGGCUGAGGAACUCGAAGUGACCGUCUGUGGCCUGUACACGUACGGGAAGCCUGUCGCUGGGCAGGUGAAGGUCCGUGUUUGCCGGAAAUAUAAUGAACACAGAGGCUGGCAUGUUUAUUCCAGUUCCGGAGGGGGCUGUCACAGAGAAGCGUCGGAAGGAAUAUGUGAAGAGUUCAGUGGAGAGGCGAAUGGGCACGGCUGCCUCUCUCAGGUGGUGAAAACCAAGAUUUUUCAUCUGAAGCGGGAGGGAUAUGAGAUGAACCUAAAGGUGGAAGGCAAGAUCGAAGAGGAAGGCACAGGGGUGGAAUUGACAGGCACGGCUUCCACCAUGAUCAUUACGACUCUCAGCACAACCACCUUUGAGAAUGUGGACUCUUACUACAAGCCUGGGAUCCCCUUUAUUGGGCAGGUGAUGCUUUUGGAUGCUGCCAAAGUGCCAAUUGCCAAUCAAACAAUUCAGAUUAGGGUACAUCUAACUGGAACCAGCACCAAGUACGUAACUGAUGACCAGGGACGAGCCCAUUUUUCCAUAGACACUGAUAACUUCACAGCUCCUGAACUCAGGAUCCAGGCAACUUAUAAAUCGAACUCUGCGUGUGAACAAGGCUGGAUCAGUCCCCAACACCAGGGCACAUCUCAUUCAGCGGGGCGUUUUUACUCACCAAGCCAAAGCUACCUCCACAUUGAGCGUGUUGCUGGGACCUUAAGCUGUGGUCAGACUCAGACGCUCCGGGUCCAUUAUAUUCUGAAUUCAGCUGUCGUAAAAGAGCAGGAGAUGGCCUUUUACUAUUUGGUGAUGGCUAAGGGGGUCAUUGUGCGAUCAGGGACCCAUGUUCUGCCUGUGGAGCACAGAGAAGCCAAAGGUGUGUUUUCUCUGGACCUCUCUGUUGACGUGGACAUUGCUCCAUUGGCCCGUUUGCUUCUCUACACGAUUUUGCCCAGUAGAGAACUAGUGGCCCAUUCAGCAGAUUUCACCGUGGAGAACUGCUUCGCAAACAAGGUGAAUCUGCGGUUCUCUGAUGCUGAAGGCCUCCCUACCAGCAAAACUCACCUCCAUCUUGCUGCCUCCAAAGGCUCCCUUUGUGCUGUCCAUGCUGUCGAUAAGAGUGUCUUUCUCUUGAAGCCCGAAGCUGAGAUGUCCCCUAAGACUGUUUAUAAUCUGCUCCCUGUGAAGGACCUCCGAGGUUACAUCUACAAGCACCACAACAUGCUUGAACCGUACCUUGGUCGCUGCACGGUUAGGGAUAAUAUUGUUGUGGGAGGCAUCAGCUACAGAUAUGAAUCUUUUCAGCGGAGUGAAGGUGAUGCCUAUGACAUUCUCAAGGACUUUGGCUUGAAAGCUUUUACCAGCACCACGAUAAAGAAGCCUAACCUUUGCAGAGAAGAUAUACCAGUAUAUGCCAGUGCUGACCUACAGGUUCAAACUCUGAGUAGACGGCUAGGAGCUCCAGGCAUUCCUGCACAAGAAGCUCCAAGAACAGGAAGACAGCAGGAGACUGUCAGGAGCUACUUUCCCGAGACGUGGCUCUGGAACACGUGGAUAGUGAACGGCGAGUCCCAAGGCGAGAUUGACAUCCCCGUGACCAUUCCGGACACCAUCACCGAGUGGAAGGCAGGAGCUUUCUGCUUGUCCCCGGAUGUGGGCUUUGGCCUGGCCCAGACUGCCUCUCUCAAAGCCUUCCAGCCAUUCUUCCUUGAUCUGACCUUGCCCUACUCUGUGGUGCGGGGCGAAGCGUUCACCCUGAAGGCCACUGUCUUCACUUACAUGCAGCGCUGCGUCAGGGUCAGUAUCUCGCUGGCUCCCUCUGCUGAGUUUGUGGCUUCCCCAGUGGAGAAGGAGGAGGAAUCUUACUGCCUGUGUGCCAACGAAAGGAAAACGGUCUCGUGGACGGUAACUCCCAAAUCUCUGGGAGAAAUAAACUUCACAGCGAGCGCUGAAGCCCUGAACUCUGAACAGCUGUGUGGGAACGAAAUAGUGGAGACACUCCACAAAGGGCAGAAGGACACGGUGAUCAAAUCCCUUUUGGUCAAGCCGGAAGGCGUUGAGAGGGACGUGGUCUUCAACAACCUGCUAUGUGCAGUUGAGAAGCCGAAGUCAUCACAACCUGUUUCUUUAAAGCUACCAGGCAACGUGGUGGAGGGCUCAGCCAGGGCCUCCUUCUGUGUGCUGGGGGACAUCCUCGGAUCAGCUAUAGAGAACCUCCACCAGCUUCUUCAGAUGCCCUAUGGCUGUGCGGAGCAGAACAUGGCUCUCUUUGCCCCCAACAUCUACAUCCUGGAGUACCUGAACAAGACUGAGCAGCUGACUGAGGCGGUGAAGUCCAAGGCCAUCGGAUACUUAGUGGCUGGUUACCAGAGACAACUGAACUACAAGCACUCUGAUGGCUCCUAUAGCACCUUUGGACAAUAUAACCGGAGCCCAGGGAACACCUGGCUGACGGCAUUUACACUCAAGUCCUUUUCCCGAGCCAGACCCUACAUCUUUGUGGAAGAAAAACACAUCAAGGAUGCUCAGGCGUAUCUGGCUGCUAGGCAGAGAGAGAAUGGCUGCUUCAGAAGCAUUGGGAUCCUGUGGAACAACGCUCUGAAGGGUGGGGUGGAUGACGAGAUCAGUCUCUCUGCCUACAUCACUGCUGCUUUGCUGGAGAGCCAUCUGCCUCUCGAUGUAAGUAUCUGUCUUCUCCUUCCCGAAGCCCAUUGUGGAACAAACAGUCAUGCAGGGCAGGCAGGAUUGUCCCCCACAAUCGCAGCUGAAUGUCUCCCGGCAAAUUCCGAACCAACAAACAAGGCAGCAGAUAUGGUACCAUACUGGUAUCGCCUGUCCUUCAUGAUUGCCAUCCAUGAGAUUAAUCAGGAUCCCAGGAUCUUACCCAACAUCACCCUGGGCUAUGACAUCUAUGAGAAUUAUUUUGAUGCAAGGAUGACCUAUGACGCCAUGGAGUGA